AUGGCGCCUAAAGAUCUGGUGGAGAUGAAGAAGCAGCUGGAAGAGAUGCUUCAAAAAUGGUUUAUUUGUUCAAGUAACUCCCCGUGGAGAGCAUCAGCGAUCUUGGUCUCCAAGAAAUAUGGCACUCUCCAUGAUAUCCUGGUGUAUUCUAUGAACGAGAAGGAACACAGAGAACACUUGAAAGUUGUAUUACAGACUUUGAGGGAGCAACAGUUAUAUGCUAAGUUCAGUAAGUUUCACUUUAAGGAGAAAGAAGUUCAAUUUUUGGGGCAUGUUGUGCCCAAUCAGGGAAUAGUGGUAGAUCCUGAGAAAAUUGUUGCGGUCAAAGAAUGGAAGCAGCCUAUGAACCUUACAAAGGUGAGAAGUUUUUUAGGACUAACCGGUUAUUAUAGGAGAUUUAUAGAGAAUUUUUCCACUAUUGUAGCACCCAUGACCAAGUUGACAAGCAAGACUGCGAAGUUCUUAUGGACAGAUGAUUGUGAGAGAGCUUUCCAGGAGUUAAAGCAGCGGUUGACUACAGCAUUGGUGUUAACUAUACCAGUAUAA